AUGUCUCUCAAAGCUGAACUCGAAACUUGGGCCGCUGCACUGAAAGCUUAUGAUGAAGAGGAUUUCGAGAAAUCUCUCGAACUCUUUAUGCAAAUCGCGGAUUCCUCCAAGAUCCUGACAAAUAUGGGCCUUAUCUAUGCGACCCUUGGUGAACAUGAAGCUGCAGUGGAGCGCUUCAUCGAGGCAACGAAUUUGGAUCAAUACUUGGCUGUUGCUUACUUUCAGUGCGGGGUUUCCAACUUUUUACUCGGACGUUACGAACUCGCCACCAAGGACUUUGAGGAAGCGCUACUGUAUCUUCGAGGCAAUCAAGCCAUUAAUUAUGAGCAGUUAGGCCUCAAAUUCCGUCUCUUCUCCGCUGAGGUCCUCUUUAACAAGGGCCUUUCUCAAAUAUAUAUGGGUCGCACUCAGGAUGGUCUUGCAGACAUGGAAGAGGCGAGGAAAGACAAGGCCACCGAGGAGCAUAAUGUCAUUGACGACGCUAUCCAAGACCGCGGAGAAGGUUACACUGUUUUUAGCAUCCCCGUCGGAGUCCUAUACCGCCCAUCGGAAAAGAAACUCAAGAAUUCAGUUACCAGAGAUUACAUGGGGAAGGCCAAACUUGUUGCAUCGAGCGAUGCGAGCGAUAUUGUUACAGAGUUUUCUGGAUCUGCCCGUCUGAAAGCAGGAAUUUCCCCAGCAGGGUUAUACUUGGACAGACCGGAUCUGUUGAACACACCAUCAGCAAGUAGCAAUUUGCUCCGCAGUGCUACUGUGCCUCCAGUGAUGCCUGCGAUGAAAGCUGCAGAAGGUCCAAGGUCUGCCGGGGUUGAGCGAUCCAAAACCACACCGGGGCCCCAGUUAGGUAGAGAAACUAGCUUGCGUCAACAGUCGCCCCGAGAAGCGCCAUCACCGGCCGCUGGGGUUGCUAGGAGUAAUACCCAGAUUACCCCGGCUCGCCCUUCGCCAAAUGCGGCCAUCGGAGGCCCCGUUCGUGGCCUGAGUGUUCGCAGAGGAGGCGCUUCUCCGGCCAAUCCUAACGGGAACUCACCUGCCAUUCCUGCUAAAGAUGGAAAUCCUCGCAUGACCGAAUUCUAUGACGAGUAUAUCGAUGCGUAUGGGGGAGAUGAUAAUGCCCCACCUGUCCCAAACCAAGCAGGAGGUGCAGACAGGGUUGGUGCUUGGGCGCGUUCUAAUGCAAACCCCAACUAUAUACCUAAUUCGCAGUCGUUGAAUGCACCUUUGGGACGUACUGGAUCACGAAGUGCUCCCGGUAGUCAGUAUGCACCGUCCUCUUAUGGUGGUACUGGAUCCAUUCGACGAAAGAACACCAGACGGAACCCACGCGCCCCAAGUCGCAUUCAGAGUACAUAUGAGGAGGAGGAGGAAGGCUAUGUCAGCGGAGAAUAUGACGACGGACCUUUUGAGCUUAUACUCAUUCGCGUUAAGUUGCACUACCAGGACGAUAUUCGAGGCAUGACGCUGUCCCCUGAACUCUCAUUUUCUGAGUUCAUGGAUAAAGUGACUGGCAAAUUUGGAAAGAGUCCUAACUCUCUCGGCCUGAAGUUCAAGGACGAAGACGGUGGGAAGGUCACCCUUCGCGAUGAAUCUGACUAUGAGCUGGCCAUUGAAACAGCCCGCGAAAGUUCUAAGGGCAAGUCAGAGGGCAAACUGGAAAUCUGGUGCACAGAUGUCUACUGUUUUGCUAGACAUCGAUCUUUGCUAUUUGACGAAUUCUCCACUGUCUUGUUUGAUAACGUACGGAGACUAAUUGGAGUACUCACUCUCCAACCCCUUCCUUCUCUUCCUGCCGCCAUGGGUCUCUCUGGUAGAAAAGUCAAGCAGCGAAUUCCCAACGAUCCUCGAAAUCUGACUUGGGCCGAUGACGCUGCUAGAUUUGGUUCAAACUACCUGUCGAAGUUCGGGUGGGACUCCUCGAAAGGUCUGGGUGCUGGUGGUGAUGGAAUGAAAUCCCACAUUAAAGUUUCACAUAAACUCGACAUGCUGGGGAUAGGCGCCAACCAUGCCAAAGAUCCCAAUGGUAUCGCAUGGAAACAAAACAAGGACUUCGAGAACUUGUUGAGGCGUUUAAAUGAGAACCUUGACGUGGAGCAGGCCGGGGUUCGAGAGGAAAGGGUCGACGUGAAGAGUGACAAAAUUGAUGAGGAUGCACCAAUGGAGGGCGAGAAGAAAAAGAAAAGAAAACAUAAAAGGGGUGAAGAUGAGGAAGAUUAUCAACGCAUCAAAAAGAAGAAAAGCCAAGAGACUAAUGAUGAAGAGAGCAGUCAGCCGGUCGACUCUAUGGUUGCGAACUCUGUAGAAGUCGUUGAGGAGGUCAUUGUAGAGGUCCAAAAGAAGCCAAUUGUUCCUCGCCACAGAGCGCAUCGUGCGCGUGCCAUUGCCGCGAAAAAUAUCUCAUCCAAGUCCGCUGCUCACAUUUCAGAGAUCUUGGGUGUUGCACCCAAUCCUACUACUACCAUAGAAGGAAACACCCAAGGUAAACUCACUUCCGUCGAGGAAACCGAUGCGCUAGGAGUGGACAAGAUUACAACGUCCACGAAAAGUGUAGCCGAUUACUUCAAGGACAAACUGCUUGCGCGCUCUUCUCAAUCCACGUCGGCCACACCACCUUUGUCUAAUGGCAUCAAGGAUGAAAGUGAUUAUUUUGGUACUCCUCGGAUGGGGCUCGGUGCCUCUCGAUUUCAGAUGGAAGUUCAUUCUGAAGUCAAAGUAGAGGAGGCCACACAACGAAUGGGUUUGUCGAAAUUUUCUUCACUCAUGUCCUCUUCUUUUCUCGCCUCUGCUUCAUCCUUUUCGUCCUUUGUUCCACCGAAAAUCAAGGAGGAUGAAGGUACCGGCCAUAUUUCCGAAGUAGAGUCGGAUUCGGAACCCUCGAAUCAGAAGGGAAUAGAGGUUAAAAAGUCUAAGAAGCGAUCGAAAGGUGUCUCUGAAGAGCAACAAGAAAAGAAGAAGGAAAAGAAAAAGAAAAAGAAAGACGCUAAAGGGAAGAAUAAAGAGGUGUUGACUGAUGAAACUGCGAUUGCAGGUGAAGAUCAGGACGAUGGCGAGUUAGAGAGGAAGAAGUCUAGAAAACCUGCCAGCUUUGAGGAGGUGUCUGAGAGACACAAACUCGAAGGCCGCAAUGAAUCAAGCUUUCCCACAAAAGAGAAACGGAAAAGCAAGAAGGACAAGGUGGACGAGGAUGGUAAAAAAUCGCGGAAAGAUAAGAAAAACCAUAAAUAUUCAAUUGAGGAAUCAUAG